CUUACCCCAAAAAAAUCGAAGAUGUACAAAUCAAGUCCUAAAAGAAGAGAAAUUGUGGAGAAAAGCAAGAGUGUAAGGGAAAAGGAGACUAAGCAAAACUCUAAUUUCUUUGCCAAACACUUGAAGAGGAUAUACCCAAUCACGCUUCAACGAAGUACUUCUUCUUCAUUCUCACUCUCUUCUAUAUCUCUAUCACUCUCUCAGAACUCAACCGAUUCUGUUUCCACGGAUUCAAACUCGACGUUGGAACAAAAGAUAUCUCUAGCACUUGGUUUAAUCUCAUCUCCCCGCAGAAGAGAAACAUUUGUUCCAAAAAGUAUCCCGCAACAACUAGAACAAGAACUAUGUCAGGAUUUCAAUAGUGAUGAACCAAAGAGGUGCAAUUGGAUCACCAAGAAAAGUGAUGAAGUCUACGUAAAGUUUCAUGACCAGCAAUGGGGAGUCCCUGUCUAUGAUGAUAACCUGCUAUUUGAGUUCCUUGCCAUGUCGGGGAUGUUAAUGGACUAUAAUUGGACUGAGAUUCUAAAACGCAAAGAACUCUUUAGAGAGGUGUUUUGUGAGUUCGACCCAAAUGUGGUGGCCAAUAUGGGAGAGAAAGAGAUCACAGAGAUUGCAUCAAACAAAGCAAUAAUGUUACAAGAGAGUAGAGUCAGGUGUGUAGUCGACAAUGCCAAAUGCAUAAUCAAGGUGGUCAAUGAAUUUGGAUCAUUCAGCAGCUUCAUGUGGGGGUUUAUGGAUUACAAACCUAUCAUUAACAAAUUCAAGUAUCCAAGAAAUGUACCAUUGAGAUCUCCCAAGGCUGAGAUCAUUAGCAAAGAUAUGAUCAAACGAGGGUUUCGAUUUGUCGGUCCAGUGAUCGUACAUUCGUUCAUGCAGGCUGCAGGUUUAACAAUCGAUCAUCUCGUUGAUUGUUUUAGACAUGGUGAUUGUGUGAGCCUCGCUGAGAGGCCAUGGAGGCAUAUAUGAUUACGUGAAGAGAGAAAGUCUAAUCCUUAAACAUAUACAUACCCUCUUAUCCUGGUUUUUGAGUAUUUUCGGUUUACAACAAAACUUGGUUUUCAGCUUAAGAAUUUCCCUUUUUGAGUGCUUUUUCGACUAUACAAAGGAUAUAUUUGAUUUGAAGUCAAAAUUUCUUUGGAUUAUUUAGUUUGAUAUUU